AUGUCUGCGUACUUAUUCCUAGUGGCUCAUCAAGGUGGAAACUAUCAAAGAAAUGAACAAAUAAAAAGACAAAAAGAGAGACGGAAGAGAAAUGGUGACGACUCAAAAUCUAUUUCCACCAAAUCCUCCGGCACGUCUUCCCGCUCUUCAAUGAGUUCUAUCAGGUCCAGUUCCAAACCAAAAAUGAGGUUUGACAUAAAUACUUCUUCCUAUGUACCAGUUUCUCGUUCCCAUUUUGACAAGAGAAUCCAUAGGUACCAAAGUUCUCACAAAAAGCUUUGUCGGGACUCCAAAUAUAAUGAUGCCAACGAAGACCUCAACAAGUACUCCAAAGCUCACGACGAUUUAUUCAGUGAGAAGAAUUUGAAUAUCUUGCGGUAUACUUUUUUCAGCAAAUUCACCAACGACUACGACCAAAUAUUGAAGGACAUGAAAGCCAAAACCAAUAAUGUUCCCAAGUUGAAGUAUAUGAGGAAACUAAAGGAAAUCAAGGCCAGAGACAAAGCUCCCGUACAAGGCUUACCGAAUCUCUCUACUGAUAACUUGACUAGUAUGGAAUGUGAGAUGGGAGAUUAUGACAAUUUAACUGACGAUGAUUCACAAGCCGAGGAUGAAUAUGAACACGACGAUUUGACGGACUUCAAUUCGCUUUACCUGAAAUAUGAGUCUUGGGGUUCAAAAAACCACUCCAUUAAAGAGGCUAUCAAAUCCAACCAGUUUUGGAAUGAUAUUUACCAAGAACUCAGAUUUAACAUGAUGGAAUUGAGUUCCACCAGCAACUACUUCGAGUUCUUGCCUAGCUUGCACCAAUUAGCUACGUUCUACAAAGAAGUCAUUGAACACUUUUUACUCAAUGUGUCGACAUUGUCGUGCAAUUUAAGUGGAUUGUCUGACACCGAACACCAGAAGCUUUCUACCUACAGAUUCUUGUACUUGAGAGACUUUGACUACGAUUGGUUGAAACUCAUGAGCGAAUUGCACUACGAUCUAUUCGACAACCAGGCUGAACUCAAUUCUACAAUGAGCAUUCACCAUGAUAGUGAUUUCAAGAUUCACAGAAACUUGGUCAACAAGGUUAUUGAAACUAUUAUUGACAACUUCAAGGCGACAUUUGGCAACUCGGGCCAGUCUUCGUAUGAGAUCCAGUUGUGGGAACGGUUCUUGAGAUACUUGAUGUUUGAAGUUAUUAUCAAGAAUUACGGUACCCGUACCAACUUGAGCGCAUCUGACACACUUCCCGAGCCCAACGUUGAAAUGUCAAGAAGCAGUUCUUUGACUAACAAUUCAUUAGAGAAUUCUUUGGAGCACUCGUUUAUGACUACUACAACUUCUGCUGAUGACAUUGUGCAAUUGUCAAAAAACAGCAAACACUUGUCGUUGAACUUGAAUUCUAGAGUUUCGGUUAUCAAAGAAGAGAAACAGUUUGGAUUCGGUACCAUUAAUGACGAAAUUGAAAUGGACUAUGAAGACGAAGCGUCACUUCCUUAUAAGAGAAGGGGUUUUAUCAUUGAACCUCCUACUCCAAGGGUUGAGCUGGGUGCAUUUACAACUCCAUUGUCGACGACGUUCUCACUCACUUCAGACGGCACCAAGCUGCACGUCAGCAAGAGGCUGAUAUUUUCACGGUUCAGAAAGGUUAAGACCAAAGUUUAG